CUGAACAGUCUGGGGGAAAUCGGGGGUGAGAUGGACCGAAGCCCCUUCUGUAACCUCCCAUCUCGCUCCGACAGGCUGAGGAAUCGUGUCCAUGUUUCGGUCCAGAUGGGCCCGUCUUCCAGGACACAGGGAAGGGACAUGUCUGUGAUGGAGCCAGCUUGGAUGCCGGUGACCUUCGAGGAGGUGGCUGUGUAUUUCACCCAGGGGCAGUGGGCUCUGCUGGACCCCGCUCAGAGAGCCCUCUACAGGGAUGUCAUGCUGGAGAACUAUGAGACGGUGACCUCACUGGUAUAAUGAUGCAAA